AUGGCUCGCUUCGGAGAGGACCUGCUCAGUCGCUAUGGAGCUGGCGGCGCGGGGGCUCCCCCGGGGCCCGGCGGGACCCGCGGCGGCAGCAGCCGCCAGGGCCCCCCCGGCCAACCGGGCCCGAGGCCCCAGAUAUACAAGCAGACCAAGGCCCAGCGGGCCCGGACCAUGGCUCUUUACAACCCCAUCCCGGUCAAGCAAAACUGUCUCACACUCAACCGCUCGCUCUUCAUCUUCAGCGAGGACAACGUGAUCCGCAAAUACGCCAAGCGCAUCACGGAGUGGCCUCCAUUUGAAUAUAUGAUUCUGGCGACAAUUAUAGCCAAUUGCAUUGUUUUGGCUUUGGAGCAACAUCUCCCUGAUGGAGAUAAGACACCGAUGUCGGAGAGGCUGGAUGACACAGAACCGUAUUUCAUUGGAAUAUUCUGCUUCGAAGCGGGCAUAAAGAUUAUCGCAUUGGGCUUUGUUUUUCACAAAGGAUCUUAUCUCCGCAACGGCUGGAAUGUGAUGGAUUUUGUGGUUGUGCUGACGGGGAUUCUGGCUACAGCUGGGACCCAGUUUGACCUUCGAACGCUGAGAGCCGUCCGUGUGCUGAGACCCCUGAAACUUGUCUCAGGAAUCCCAAGUUUACAAGUUGUCCUCAAGUCCAUCAUGAAGGCUAUGGUGCCCCUCCUUCAGAUCGGCCUCCUCCUCUUCUUCGCCAUCGUGAUGUUUGCCAUCAUCGGUCUGGAAUUCUAUAUGGGAAAGUUUCACAAAGCUUGCUUCUCCAACGAAACAGGUGAAAGACUGGGAGAUUUCCCUUGUGGUGAAGACUGGCCCGCUAGGCGCUGCGAAGAAGGCAUCUGCAAAAAAUACUGGGAGGGCCCCAACUUUGGAAUCACCAACUUCGACAAUAUCUUGUUUGCUGUCCUGACCGUCUUCCAGUGCAUCACCAUGGAAGGAUGGACCGAUAUCCUCUACAACACCAACGAUGCUGCAGGGAACAUGUGGAACUGGCUUUACUUCAUCCCCCUCAUCAUCAUCGGCUCCUUCUUCAUGCUCAACCUGGUCCUUGGUGUCUUAUCAGGGGAGUUUGCCAAAGAACGAGAGAGAGUUGAAAACCGCCGAGCUUUUUUGAAACUCCGGAGACAGCAACAGAUUGAGAGAGAACUGAACGGCUACCUGGAGUGGAUCUUUAAAGCAGAGGAGGUGAUGUUAGCAGAAGAAGACAAGAAUGCUGAAGAGAAAUCCCCUUUGGAUGUGCUGAAAAGAGCGACAAUCAAGAAAAGCAAAAACGAUCUAAUUCACGCUGAAGAAGGAGAAGAUCACUUCACCGAUGUUUGCUCCGUGGGGUCUCCGUUUGCCCGGGCCAGCCUGAAGAGUGGCAAGAACGAAAGCUCCUCCUACUUCCGUCGGAAAGAGAAGAUGUUCCGCUUUUUCAUUCGGCGCAUGGUGAAGGCCCAGAGCUUCUACUGGAUUGUCCUCUGUGUGGUGGCUCUCAACACGAUGUGCGUGGCCAUCGUGCAUUACGAUCAACCCGAAGGUCUCACCACCACCCUUUAUUUUGCUGAAUUUGUCUUCCUGGGCUUGUUCCUCACCGAGAUGACUUUGAAGAUGUACGGCCUGGGGCCAAGGAACUACUUUCAUUCCUCGUUCAAUUGCUUUGACUUUGGGGUGAUUGUGGGAAGCAUCUUUGAAGUCAUCUGGGCGGUGGUGAAACCUGGCACCUCUUUUGGCAUCAGUGUCCUCAGAGCUCUUCGACUGUUGAGGAUUUUCAAAGUCACCAAGUACUGGAAUUCUUUGAGGAACUUGGUGGUCUCCUUGCUGAACUCGAUGAAGUCCAUCAUUAGCCUGCUGUUCCUCCUCUUCCUCUUCAUUGUCGUGUUCGCCUUGCUGGGAAUGCAGCUUUUUGGAGGGCAGUUUCACUUCAAUGAUGAAACACCAACCACCAACUUUGAUACCUUUCCCACUGCCAUUCUCACUGUGUUUCAGAUUCUGACUGGGGAGGACUGGAACGCCGUGAUGUAUCAGGGCAUCGAAUCCCAAGGGGGUGUCCAUUCUGGAAUGUUCUCCUCGGUCUACUUCAUCGUCCUCACCCUCUUCGGGAACUAUACCCUCCUGAAUGUCUUCUUGGCCAUUGCUGUAGACAACCUGGCCAACGCACAAGAGUUGACCAAGGACGAAGAAGAAAUGGAAGAAGCUACCAACCAAAAACUUGCCUUGCAGAAGGCGAAGGAGGUUGCAGACGUUAGCCCCCUGUCAGCCGCCAACAUUUCCAUCACAGCUUUUGUAAAGCAAACUCGAGGGUCUGUUUCUCGCAGCUCGUCGCUCUCCAGCGUAAAUUCACCCAAACAGCAGAAUUCCAUCAAAUCCAAAUCCGUGUGGGAACAGAGGACCAGCCAGCUCCGCGUGUACAACUUCCGCACUAGUUGUGAAGCCUUGUACAACGAGAUGGACCCGGAGGACAGAGUCCGCUACGCCACCAACCUCCACAUCCGCCCGGAUAUGAAGACUCACAUGGACCGACCUCUGGUGGUCGAGCCGAGGAGCGAAGGCCACGGAGGCAACGGCAACGACGUGAGCCCCACGGAGGGUCAGGAGGCUUCGGACCAGGUGAAGGCCCCGUCGCCUGAGAACAACGAGGUUCUGAGGAAACACCACCGCCAUCGUGAGAAGGAGAAAACAGGAGACACGGAAAAAAGCAAUGCCGUCAAGGAAGAGAACGGGGAACUGGCUGGCGGUAACAACAAGGAGGAACGCCACCGGCCGCACCGGAGUCGUAGCAAAGAGGUGGGCGAAGCGGGUGGGAAAGAAGGGAAGAGCGAACGCAACAGAAGCCAGGAGGGCGGCAGGCAUCACCACCGCCGGGGAUCCGUCGAAGAAGGUGCUGAGAGGGAACAUCGCCGCCACCGCGGCCAUCGGCAUCCGGUUGAGCGACAAGUCAAAGAAGGCAACGGAACGGUCAACGGGACCAAGACGGAACGACGUUCCCGUCACCGAGGAGGGUCAAGGCCGGGCAACCGAGAAGGGGACCCUGGCUCCAAAGGGGAGGGGGGCGAAGAGCCCCACAGACGGCACAAGAUACGGCACAAGGCUCUCUCCACCUACGAGUCGGUGGACAAGGAGAACGGAGAGAAAGAAGGGGAGUUGGGGAAAAAAGAUCUCAAGAACGUUCAGCCAAGAGAAGGACAGUGUGACACCGAGGCAGGCAUCAGUGUGACUGUGGUCCCUUUGCACACCUUGCCCAGCACCUGCCUGCAGAGGGUGCCGGAGCAGCCGGAAGAUGCGGACAACCAGAAGAACGUCACGCGUAUGGGUCAACCCUCUUUGGACAAAGCUGCCCCUGUGAACAUUCCCGUCACCGUCACCGCUCCCCCCGGGGAGGCUUCCGUCAUACCAAUGAACAACGUUGAAUUUGAAGCCAAAAUGGAAGAGAAGAAGGACAUGGAUGCUGAAGAUGAGAUGGCCAACAGUCCACCCAAGCCGAUCCUUCCCUACAGCUCCAUGUUCGUCUUAAGCCCAACCAACCCGAUCCGGUGCCUCUGUCACUACAUUGUCAACAUGCGUUACUUCGAGAUGGUCAUCCUCUUCGUUAUCGCGCUCAGCAGCAUCGCCCUGGCCGCCGAGGACCCUGUUCAAGCGGAGUCGCCCAGAAAUGAGGCUCUCAAGUACCUGGAUUAUAUAUUUACAGGUGUCUUUACCUUUGAGAUGGUGAUAAAGAUGAUUGACUUGGGACUUCUGCUGCAUCCCGGUGCCUAUUUCCGCGAUCUCUGGAACAUCCUCGACUUCAUCGUGGUCAGUGGAGCUCUUGUUGCCUUUGCCUUUUCGAGUUUCAUUGGAGGGAACAAAGGGAAGGAUAUUAACACCAUUAAGUCCCUCCGUGUGCUACGGGUCCUUCGCCCGUUGAAAACCAUCAAGCGUCUACCCAAACUGAAGGCGGUCUUCGACUGCGUGGUGAACUCCCUAAAGAACGUUCUCAACAUCCUCAUUGUCUACAUGCUCUUCAUGUUCAUCUUCGCCGUCAUUGCGGUGCAGCUCUUCAAAGGACGGUUCUUCUACUGCACCGAUGAAUCGAAGGACUUGGAGAAAGACUGCAGGGGCCAGUAUCUGGCUUACGAGAAGGAUGAAGUGGAAGCUCAGCCGAGGCAGUGGAAGAAAUACGAUUUCCACUAUGACAACGUUCUCUGGGCUCUGUUGACCCUCUUCACCGUCUCCACUGGAGAAGGCUGGCCCACUGUUUUGAAGCACUCCGUGGAUGCCACGUAUGAAAACCAAGGCCCGAGUCCUGGCUAUCGGAUGGAGAUGUCCAUCUUUUAUGUCGUCUAUUUUGUCGUCUUCCCAUUUUUCUUUGUGAACAUUUUUGUAGCUCUGAUCAUCAUCACUUUCCAAGAACAGGGAGACAAAGUGAUGUCUGAAUGCAGCCUGGAGAAAAACGAGAGGGCCUGCAUAGAUUUUGCCAUCAGCGCCAAGCCUUUAACCCGCUACAUGCCCCAAAACAAGCAGUCCUUCCAGUACAGGAUGUGGAAGUUCGUGGUGUCCCUUCCUUUCGAGUACUUUAUCAUGGUCCUGAUUGCGCUGAACACCAUCGUGCUCAUGAUGAAGUUCUAUGGCGCCCCCGAACCCUACGAAGAUAUGCUGAAAUGCCUCAAUAUUGUCUUCACCUCCAUGUUUUCCCUGGAAUGUAUCUUGAAGAUCAUCGCCUUUGGUGCAUUGAAUUAUUUUCGUGAUGCCUGGAACAUUUUUGAUUUCGUCACAGUCUUGGGAAGUAUUACUGAUAUUUUAGUCACAGAGAUUGCGGACACGGAUAAUUUCAUCAACUUGAGCUUCCUCCGACUCUUCCGGGCAGCCCGACUGAUCAAGCUUCUCCGUCAGGGCUACACCAUACGGAUUCUGCUGUGGACUUUUGUCCAGUCCUUCAAGGCCUUGCCAUACGUGUGCCUCCUCAUUGCCAUGCUGUUUUUCAUCUAUGCCAUCAUCGGCAUGCAGGUCUUUGGAAACAUUGCCCUGGAUGAUGACAGCGCCAUUAAUCGCCACAAUAACUUCCAAACCUUUCUGCAAGCGCUAAUGCUGCUUUUUCGGAGUGCUACUGGAGAAGCCUGGCAUGAAAUCAUGCUUGCGUGCCUCAGUAACCAGCCCUGCGACGAGCACUCCAACCUCAGCCGAAACGAAUGCGGCAGUGACUUUGCUUACUUCUACUUCGUCUCCUUCAUCUUCCUCUGCUCCUUUCUGAUGUUGAACCUAUUUGUGGCUGUCAUCAUGGACAACUUUGAGUACCUGACCCGAGAUUCAUCCAUCCUCGGACCUCAUCAUCUGGACGAGUUCAUUCGUGUGUGGGCAGAGUACGACCCAGCUGCUUGUGGGAGGAUCAGUUACACCGACAUGUACGAGAUGCUGAGGCACAUGUCGCCACCACUUGGCCUCGGGAAGAACUGUCCCGCUCGUAUUGCCUAUAAGCGUUUGGUCAGGAUGAACAUGCCCAUCUCAAAUGACGACCUGAGUGUCCACUUCACAUCAACGCUAAUGGCCUUGAUAAGGACAGCCCUGGACAUCAAACUCGCAUCAGGUGUGCUGCAACACCAGUGUGACGCUGAGCUAAGGAAGGAGGUCUCGAUGGUUUGGCCCAAUUUGUCCUCCAAAAACUUGGAUCUGUUAGUGCCACCUCAUAAACCUGAAGCCAUGACAGUGGGGAAGGUUUAUGCAGCCUUGAUGAUAUUUGAUUUCUACAAACAAAAUAAAAACACCCGUGACCCAUCUCACUCAGGCCCUGGAUGUCAGACUGGUACCGUUUCCCUUUUCCACCCACUGAAAGCAGCCCUGGAGCAGAGCCAGACAGGAUUCCCCAAUGCUUUCCUGCGUCAAAAGAGCUCCGCGUCACUCAACAAUGGGGGCACCCUGCCGAUGCCGGAAGGGGGAGGCAUCAAAGAAUCUGUCUCCUGGGGGAUCCAGCACACCCAAAACAUGUUUUAUGAAACUAGGACGCCAGCCUUUGAAAGAGGCCAUUCAGAAGAAAUCCCCGUCCAGCAGGCAAGCAAACAGGUUGUAGAAAUGCAAGAGAUCAGCCCAACUUUAGCCAAUGGAGAACAUCAGCCAGGACUGGAAAGUCAAGGGCGAGCGGCUUCCAUGCCUCGGCUGGCAGCCGAAACCCAGCCCAUUCCAGACACCAGCCCCAUGAAGCGCUCCGUCUCCACGCUCAACCCACAGCGUCCCCGUGCCACACAUCUCUACGAACAUCCCCGGCCAGCUGAACAUACCCAUCACCAUCAUCACCAUCGUUGCCACCGGCGGAGAGAGAAGAAGCAGAAGUCGGUUGACAAGCCACCCAAUCAUUUGAUUGACGGCGAAGCUCAUGCAGGAGAUGCCACCUCCAAGUCCAAAAGACAGGAGCGUGGCCGGUCCCAGGAACGGAAAGUCCAUUCUUCCUCUUCCUCUGAAAAGCAGCGCUUUUACUCCUGCGACCGCUACGGGAGUCGGGAUCGUUCUCAGCCCAAGUCCUCUGAAUGCAGUAGGCCUCCGUCUCCCGGUGGAGGGCAGGACCACGAGACACAGAAACAGGGCAGUGGUUCAGUUAAUGGGAGCCCCCUGCUGUUGACCUCUGGUGCUAGCACCCCAUGCCGUGGUCGGAGGCAGUUGCCGCAAACUCCGCUGACUCCGCGCCCCAGCAUUACCUACAAGACUGCCAACUCCUCGCCUGUGCAUUUCUCCGGGUUCCAGACCGGCCUGCCAACCUUCUCCCCGGGACGCUUGAGCCGGGGUCUCUCUGAGCACAAUGCUUUGCUGCAUGGCGACUCCCAGGGACCCUCACCAACCCUGAUGGCACGCAUCGGUUCGGACCCUUACCUGGGACACCGAGAAGAGAGUGACAGUCCAUACCAUACGAUGCCUGAGGACACGCUCACCUUCGAGGAGGCUGUGGCCACCAAUUCAGGGAGAUCCUCCCGGACCUCUUACGUCUCCUCUCUAACAUCCCAGUCCCAUCAAAUCCGCCGCGUCCCCAACGGGUACCAUUACGUCUUGGGACUAAGUGCCGGCUCUGGCACCAGCACCCGGGCGCGUAGCUAUUACCACGAGCGAGACGAAGACGAUUGGUGCUAG